UUUCCUACAUAUUUUAAUCUUUCUUCUUCUUCUUUUGAGGUGGUGGUUGAAAUAAAUACGUACAAGCAAAUGGCGGAAAUAACUACUCUGUAUAAAGAAGCAACUAUCCAUCCACUUAUCAUCUUUCUCUAUCUAUCUAAUAAAGCAACUACUUUGGGUUUUGUGCAGCUCUAUAUCCCAUUUUCCCACUCUUCCUCCAAUCCCAAAUCUCAUUUGCCUUCCUUUCCAGCGAGCGCCUACCACCCCCUUUCUCCGUGGAGGUGCGGUGUAGGUGCCCAUACUUUCGAUUCCGGGAAUGGAAGGCUCCUCCGACGAUCGGCUUGGAUUUGGGAAGAUGGGUUAUGGAUGCCAGCACUAUAGGAGAAGGUGCAGGAUCAGAACACCUUGUUGCAAUGAAGUCUAUGACUGUCGGCACUGUCACAAUGAAGCCACGAGCAUGUUGAGGAAUCCUUUUGAUAGGCAUGAGCUGGAUCGGCAUGACGUGAAACAAGUGAUCUGUUUAGUUUGUGAUACAGAGCAACCAGUGGCUCAAGUUUGCACUAACUGUGGUGUUAAAAUGGGAGAAUAUUUUUGCAGUAUUUGUAACUUCUUCGACGAUGAUACAGAGAAAGGGCAUUUUCAUUGUGAUGAUUGUGGAAUAUGCAGAGUUGGAGGCCUUGAAAACUUUUUUCACUGCACGAAAUGUGGCUCUUGUUAUGCAGUUAGUCUGCGUGACAACCAUUGUUGUGUAGAGAAUUCCAUGCGGCAUCACUGCCCGAUAUGUUACGAGUACCUCUUCGACUCUCUGAAAGACACAACGGUUAUGAAAUGUGGGCACACAAUGCAUUACGAGUGCUUUUGUGAGAUGAUAAAGCGUGAGAAGUAUUGCUGCCCAAUAUGUUCCAAGUCAAUCAUCGACAUGUCAACUAUUUGGAAAGAAAUGGAUGAAGAGAUUGAGAAUACCGCCAUGCCUGAAGAUUAUAGAGAUCGAAAGGUUUGGAUUUUGUGCAAUGACUGCAACGACACUACAGAAGUAUUCUUCCAUAUAAUAGGGCAGAAGUGUUGCCACUGUCGAUCAUACAAUACUCGUACAAUUGCUCCUCCCGUGCUUCCGGAACAGUAACAUUGUUUGGCAGCUCAAUUGUGAAUUUUGACAUCUCCUGGUGCCCAUUGAUGUAAAAUUUGAACCCAUGAAAGGAAAAAAUGUUUUUGAACCCAUAAAAGAAUGUAUUUUUGGUUUGGACCUGAGUUAACACGCAUUGCAUGUAACAUUCAUCUUAAUUAGCUGCAGUAAUUUGAGCUUCACUAGCAUUGUAAUAUGUAUCUUUUUCUCAGGAUCAUGUGGGGCAAAAUUGAUCGCAUUACUUUUGGGUUGUGGUGGAGUGGCUUGAAAUAAAACUAUGAACUCAUUACUCAUUACUC